CCUCCUCACACCUCCUUUCUUUGAUUUUUAUCUCCUUACUUUCGUUCUAACAUUCGUUACAAAAAUUCCCUGAAAAAGCUCUGUUCAUCGACACAGAUCCGAAGAUCAGGUCGAAUCUAGACCCAUCUCUGGGCGUGAAGAUCUGAAGCACUGGAUUCCUUUCCGCCUCUCUCGUCUUAGAUUCUUUCCCCCGACAUGGGAUUUACUCUCCAGCCCUAUGAUUUUCCACCCGAGUCGCACCUAAUUUUCUCGCACUCUUCUCAAUUUUGUAUUAUUUUUUUUUUUGGCCUUUUCGCGUUCUCCACUCUAAAGAGGAGGAAAAGGGGCUUCUCUGUGUGACCUUUCGGUUCCUUGAGUUACGGUUGUUUUGUAGAUUAUCGUUCUUGAUCUUAUUUAGAUGAUCAGAAGUUUCUCAUUUUGUUCUUUUUGAUAUAUUGGGAAUCAAAAGCAUGAUUUUUGUGUGACUUAUUACCACAUCGGAUCGUUCUGUUAACUUUGGAGCUUGAUGGAUCUGAAACUGAGCUAGAAAUGAAGGUAGAUCGCCGAUGAGAUAUUCGGAUUAAUCGACUUUUUUAACGAUUAAUGCGUAUCGGAGACUUGGUUGCAAUCUACUAAGUCACAGGAGAUUGUGUCUUGGGUGUAUGUUUGGUUGGAUUAAUGGUCAUGGAUCACGUUAUUGGCGGAAAAUUCAAGCUCGGGCGGAAGAUUGGGAGUGGGUCGUUUGGCGAGCUUUAUCUGGGCGUCAAUGUGCAGAAUGGAGAGGAAGUAGGUGUCAAGCUGGAACCUGUGAAGACCAAGCAUCCCCAACUUCAUUAUGAGUCAAAACUAUAUAUGCUUCUCCAAGGAGGAACUGGUAUACCCCAUUUAAAAUGGUUUGGAGUUGAGGGAGAUUACAAUGUCAUGGUUAUUGACCUUCUUGGACCAAGUUUAGAAGACUUGUUUAACUAUUGCAAUCGAAAAUUCUCUCUAAAAACAGUUCUGAUGCUAGCAGAUCAACUGAUAAACAGAGUUGAAUACAUGCAUUCCCGAGGUUUUCUUCACCGCGAUAUAAAACCUGAUAACUUUUUAAUGGGUUUAGGCCGCAAAGCAAACCAGGUGUACGUAAUUGAUUAUGGCCUUGCAAAAAAGUAUCGGGAUCUCCAAACGCAUAAGCACAUACCAUACAGGGAAAACAAGAAUCUAACCGGAACUGCUCGGUAUGCAAGUGUUAACACUCACCUUGGAGUUGAACAAAGCAGAAGAGAUGAUUUAGAAUCACUUGGAUAUGUGCUCAUGUACUUCUUGAGAGGAAGUCUCCCUUGGCAAGGCUUGAAAGCUGGCACUAAGAAGCAGAAAUAUGACAAAAUCAGUGAAAAAAAGAUGCUUACUCCAAUAGAGGUCCUUUGCAAGUCAUAUCCUUCAGAGUUUACAUCUUACUUUCACUACUGCCGAUCAUUGCGGUUUGAUGACAAACCGGAUUAUGCAUACCUUAAGAGACUCUUCCGUGACCUAUUUAUUAGAGAAGGUUAUCAGUUUGAUUAUGUAUUUGAUUGGACUAUACUAAAAUAUCCACAAAUUGGAUCAAGUUCCAGGUCGCGGCAAAGUGGGAAGCAAGUUAUAAACCAAGGACCAUCUGCAGAGAGAGUAGAAAGGCCUCUAGACCCUCGGGAGCGACUCCCAGGUUCAGUUGAAGCAUUUGCUAGAAGAAGUGGCUCUGGCCUCCUUAGUGAUCAUUCUAGGCAUAGGUCGUCAGAUGCGGUGCCCUCAUCCAAAGUAGUGCAUCCUGACUCUGAGAGGGCUCGUAGUUCUUCGCGCACUGGUAGUGCCUCAAAAAGGCCCGUCGUAUCAAGCAGUCGACCGAGCUCCUCUGGUGAGCCUAGUGAUAGCCGUGCUAGCAGAUUAGUGUCAAGCAGUGGCCGGCUAUCGACUACUCAAAGGAUUCAGCCUGGUUUUGAGUCCAAAUCAUCAUCAUUUACUCGUGCUACAACAUCAAGAGGUGGCCGUGACGAUGCAAUAAGGAGCUUUGAGCUUCUGUCAAUUGGCACAGGGAAAAGGAAAUGAAGAUCCGUGUGGUCAGAACUCAGAAGACUCCAUACGGUCUCCAGUAUUAUCUCUUGAAUGUUAACACUUGAUUACUCUGUACAUUUCCAUCCCAAGUUGGGUUCAUCAACGGCUAAAAGCGCCAUGAAUUUUUUUGUUGAAGCUUAGACCGGCACAUCUUACACCGUCUCCUUCCAUGAUUAUUGCCUCAUGGACCCAUCUGUGAAGAGACAUGUACUGUCUCUUUUGGGAAGUUAUUAAUAUAUGAGACUCAACUACUUGUACUAAAUACAUUCCCUAUUUUUCUCUUUUGUCCUGUUAAGAAAAGGAAAAGAAAUUGCAAAGCCUAAUUAACAUGCUUUGCAAGGUUUGUUCCGCCCUCCUGUGCACUACUGGAACCAGACUUUUUUGUUUCAUUGUACAAGGAGGGAAUGGAAUUGCUUUUUCAGUCAUAUGUAAGUCAAACGUGUCUUGCCAGUCUCUUUUCCGUCUCUGCAUAUUUGUUUUCCUUCCUGGUAAUUGGCGUUUCAAGUUGUCGCUUCCUUCCUCUUCCGUAGUUGUCAAGUACUAGGGAAGAUGUUAUAGAAUUUAUAAUGACACGUUCCAAUUUUUAUA